CGCGUUUGGGUGACAGUAUCUCUCGAGCUAAAAGCGUUUAAGGUAUAACAAAAUGUGUAAAAGUGAAUUUGAAAGCUAUUCUAUGGAGUUGUGAAAGCCUCUUACAAAUAAAACUGACCGCGGUGAAAUUUUUAACAAAUCAACAAAUCGACAUCUGUAGAGUCUUAACUAACGAUUAGUGCAAACUAAAGUUAAUCAACAACAACAAACAACCCAACUCAAACACAAAAACCAUCACAACAACAACAAACAUGUCCAACAGGGCAACGAUAACAAAAACUACAGCCGAUGAGAUUGCUAAGAUACGUCUUAAUCUGGCCGAUGAUUGGAAAGCGCUGCGCGUUGUCUAUGAUUUGUUGCAUAACGAGAAAGCGUUUUGUGUGUCCGAAGCGGAUCGCGACGCCGUAAAAAUUGUACACUUUAUGCAGCCAGACGAAUUGAAGAAAUUGAUUGACCUGAGUAUUGCUGAGAACAAAACGCACACUAUAGAUGAGAUACAGGAGUUAUGUCGCAAAGUGAUUAAAUAUUCAGUAAAAACCAAUCAUGGCCGAUUUCAUAAUCAGCUGUUCGGACAGAUGGAUCCGUAUGGGCUGAUGGGACAAUGGAUUACCGAUGCGCUCAACGCAAGUGCUUACACCUAUGAAGUAGGACCCGUCUUCUCGCUGAUCGAAACGGAAAUCAUACGCACCGUUUGCCAAUUGGCCGGCUAUGCUGAAGGUGAUGGCAUCUUCGCGCCCGGUGGUUCCAUGUCUAAUAUGUAUGGCCUUGUCCUGGCCCGCUACAGCCGUCAUCCGGACGUCAAAACCGCUGGCAUGUUUCGCAUGCGUCCACUUGUCCUCUUCACAUCUGAGGAAUCGCAUUAUAGUUUCAUCAAAGCCGCCCAUUGGCUGGGUUUAGGCGCCGAUAAUUGUGUGGUCGUCAAAACAAAUGAAUAUGGUCAAAUGCUGCCAACCGAUUUGGAGGCGAAGAUUGUGAAGGCACAAGAGGCGGGGCAUGAGCCGUUCUUUGUGAAUGCUACCGCUGGCACCACGGUGUUAGGGGCAUUCGAUGAUCUCAAUGCAACAGCCGAUGUGUGUGAGAAAUAUGGAUUGUGGUUGCAUGUGGAUGCAUGCCUAGGUGGUUCAGCUCUUCUAUCCUAUCAGAAUCGUCACCUGCUGGCCGGCCUUGAGCGCACAAACUCUUUCGCUUGGAAUCCACACAAAUCACUCGGCGCUCCACUACAAUGUUCGCUCUUUAUCACGCGCGAACGUGACCUACUCUCGCGCUGCAAUAGCACACAAGUAAAUUACCUCUUUCAGCAGGACAAAUUUUACGAUGUCUCCUAUGACACAGGCAAUAAGAGUAUACAAUGUGGACGCAAAAUUGAUGCAUUCAAAUUUUGGCUAAUGCUGAAAGCUCGUGGCUAUGGUAGUUUUGGACGGCUUCUCGAUCAUGGAAUAAAUAUCUCGAAAGUGCUAAUUGAGAAAAUAAAGCAACGUGGAAGCGAUCGUUUUCGUUUGGUUCUGGAUGAUUUUCAAUACAUGAACGUUUGCUUUUGGUACAUACCGAAGGCGUUAAGAGGUCUCGAGGAAACUGAUGAGUGGCGGGAACGGCUAUUUACGGUUGCGCCCAAGAUUAAGGAGCGCAUAGCUUAUAGCGGCACAGUGAUGAUCGGAUACACGCCAUUGCAAUAUCGCGGCUUGGGUAAUUUUUUCCGCAUGGUUUUCACUUGUUUUCCCGUGUUAGAAGAGCCGGAGCUUGAUUGUAUUUUGGACGAAAUUGAGCGCUUGGGUGAAGAGUGCGAGUAUUCAGUUCAAUAAAAUGAGAUUAGUUAUGAUUUAAGACUUUUUGUACACAAAGUGAUUUUGAAAUAAAAGAAAUAAAAUACUCGUAUUUCAUAAA